CUCGCCGAGAAACGGCUAUCCUCCGGGCUUAGACCCAAGGUUCCCGGGAUUCAAAACUGGCGCGACACCGUUCGUCGGUUUGAUGGCACCUCUGGGUGCGCCGCAGCCGUCGACCGUGUCCACCACCUCGCCCCUUUCCAAUAAGGAUCCGAAAGAGCAGAAGCAGGACACCCUGUUCGGCAACCCGGUGUUCCCACCGAUGUUAGACAUGUCGUCGACGCAGGCUCUUCUACACAUGGUGAGGACCGCAAAUGCCGCGCAAAAUGCAGCAGAGCUCGAAACGUAUCUCAAAGGUGCGAACAAAAGAGACGCGGGCGUGACGAGCCCCUUGGAUCUCUCGAGUCCAGGAGGGUUUGCUCCGCGCAAGAGGCAAAGGACGGAAACCAGAAGAUCCGGAAGCGUUUCUCCGAAGCCGAAACCAACCCCUCGACCUACCACGCCACCCCCGGUCAGGUGUCCGUCGUUGUGUGGUCACAUGCCUUGCGGCGAUGGACAAGCUGUCAAUCGGUGGACCAUCGAGGACGUCGUCAAUUACGUGUCGUCGAUCGAUAUUUGCGCCGAGUACGCUCAGGUAAGUCUCUUAAAUACGUUUACGUACGCUUUGCUUACGGUCGAGACUAUCGCGAGUAUCGCGAGUAUCGCGACGAUUGCGACGUUUAAUACGACAGGACAAAUAAACGCGGAACGUGUCUAGUGUUUGCCGAGUUUCGUAAGAAGAAACGCCACAGGCGCUGCUGAAACUUUGCACCGCGAUGACGAAGAGAUGCGAACCAAUUGAGGCUAGGAUUUUCAGCGCCGAGCGUGCUGUGUGUGCACGAGUCGAGGUUUGCUCACUCGGCUCGUCGAGAAAGGAAGGCUUGGAGUUUGUUUGACCCGAGUCGCGAUUCAGUAGCCAGAUAACAAUCGGUCGAGAUAAUCUUUUACUCGAUUACCACGAACGUCUUCUCUAUACGUUUGAUGGACGUUUGAUGCAAAGUAUCGGAGGUUUCGUAACGACCAAUCGAUCGGAAACACUCGAUCUUUGAAAACACUUGCGCGUAAGUGGAAGGUGAAACUUUACUCGAUUUUUUAUUUAAUUAUUAGUUAGUCACUCGCUUAGUGACGAAAUUGAGACACGAGACGCAUAGUCUCGGACUAUGC